AUGGGUGUUCCGGCGGAGACGACGGCGAAGUCCAAGGCUUUCUUCUUCACGGCGCAGGUGCUCGCGGCUGCGGCGGCGGUCCUGGUCCUGGUGUGGUGCAUCCACCUCCGGGGAGGGUUAGCCUUUCAGUCUGCCGGCGACAAAUCGCUCAUCUUUAAUGUGCAUCCAGUGCUGAUGCUGAUCGGGUUCAUCAUCAUGGGAAGCGAAGCAACAAUGUGCUUUAGAGCUCUUCCGUGGAGCAAACAAGUGAACAAGUGCAUCCAUCUCAUCCUCCAUGGCCUUGCCCUUGUGCUCGGAGCUGUUGGAAUCUCUGCAGCCUUCAAGUUUCAUAAUGAACUAGGAAUCAGUAAUCUCUACAGUCUCCAUUCCUGGCUCGGCCUCGGCACCAUCUCCCUCUACGGGAUUCAAUGGAUUUUGGGGUUUGUUACAUUCUUGUUCCCUGGAGCUUCAGGGUCACUGAAAGCAACCUUCCUCCCUUGGCACGCGGUCUUCGGGGUCUUUGUCUACCUGCUGGGAAUUGUGAGCGCUGAGUUAGGGUUCUUGGAGAAGCUGACGUUCCUUGAGACCUUUGGAACGGUGAACAGGUUCAGCGGUGAAGCUUUCCUGGUGAACUGUACGGCACUGGCGGUGCUGUUGCUGGGGGUCUCUGUUGUUCUUUCUCUCAUUGCCUCUCACCUGGAAAGCACCAAGGUUUACUCUGCAGAUUGAAUUAAGAUAUCAUCUACCAUCGCCUUAUUAUUAUUAAUCCGUGUUUAUCUCAAUCAAUCUUUGUCUGUUAGCACAAAUGAUUAUAAUAAAAUAUUCAUACCGAACCGUUUAAGAAA